CGGAGGAGCGCAGCGGGCUGCUUCUCUGCUGGAGAUGACACUGGAACUCCUCCCGACGGAGGACCGGCAAAGUGCAGCGGCUCUUCUCGCGUUGUUUCACCGAUAAAUCCAGCAAAGCCCCGGUAAAAGUCGGGUGCUGAAGGUGCGGAGAAGUCUCAGCUUUAAGCAGAACAGAUGGGUGGGAGCUGAGACCACAGAAGGACAAAGCAACAUGGGUGACGCGUCGUAUUCCGGCCUGGAGAUGACGGCUGAGACGUGGGAGAACGGCAGCUUUGCGAGCCCCUCGCCGGGUCUCCCACUGUUUCCGCUCAUGUUCAACGACAGCGAUCUGAACGACACGCUGUUCAACUCCACCAACUCCACCGCCCCUGAUGCCUUCUCGGGUCCCAGCGUAGCAGGGGUCCUCAUCCCACUCAUUUACAUAAUCGUUUGCAUCAUCGGCCUGGGCGGCAACACUUUAGUGAUUCACAUUGUUCUGCACUACUCAAAGAUAGAGUCCGUGACAAACAUCUAUAUUCUCAACCUGGCCAUCGCCGAUGAACUCUUCAUGCUCGGCCUGCCUUUCCUGGCGGUGCAGAACACGCUCCAGUCAUGGCCCUUCGGCUCCUUCAUGUGCCGACUGGUCAUGACUGUCGACUCCAUCAACCAGUUCACCAGCAUCUUCUGCCUGACCGUAAUGAGCAUCGAUCGCUACCUCGCCGUGGUCCACCCCAUUCGGUCUUCUAAGUGGCGGCGCCCUCAGGUGGCCAAAGUGGUAAAUGGCACUGUGUGGGCACUGUCAUUCCUUGUUGUUCUGCCAGUGGUCAUCUUUGCUAACAUCCAGAAAGCAGGAGGCACCUGUAACAUCGCCUGGCCCCAGCCGGCUAACAUCUGGAGGGCUGCUUUCAUCAUUUACACCUCCACCGUUGGAUUCUUCUGCCCUCUUCUCAUCAUCUGCCUCUGCUACCUGCUCAUCGUCUUCAAGAUCCGCAGCUCGGGGAAGAAAGUCCACGCCACCUCGACCAAGCGGAGAAAGUCGGAGCGGAAAGUGACACGCAUGGUUGUGAUUGUUGUUGCUGUGUUUGUUUUCUGCUGGUUACCUUUCUAUGCCCUCAACAUCAUCAACUUAUUGGUGGCCCUGCCACCAGAGUACCAGGGCCUUUACUACUUUGUCGUAGUGCUCGGUUAUGCUAACAGCUGCGCCAACCCUAUCGUCUACGGCUUCCUGUCAGACAACUUCAAGCGGGGUUUCCGGAAAGCCCUCUGCCGCUCCACGAGGAAGGUGGAGAACCACGAGCCCCUGGAGCACCAGCAGCAGGACGAGGGCAGGAGGGCGCUCAUGCCCAGAGAGAGCCUGAGACGAGCAAUCAGGGAUGAAGAGGAUGAUGAUGAAGAGGUGGUUUCAGAAAUGACUGAGAUAUACAGAAUUGCCCAGAAUGGAAACAGUAGCUACCAGCUGCAGAGCUCGCAGCCGUUAUUCUUAGAGAAAGGCGCGACGCCUGGAGUCACAGAGCUAGCCUCCCCAGAUAGGAGGGAUAACAUGGGGGAUGCGAAAGGGAAAGACGCCAACGGGGCCACCCUGACUGUCCCACUGCUUCUCAAUGGAACCAAGGGUGGGAGCACUAAAACGCUACCAGAGGAAAACUUGGAACCAAGCGCCUCAUUGGAGAUAAGUUACCUAUAG